AUGACCGAAUCAAAUGAUGUGCUGCUCAAUGGCGAGCCUUUUGAGGAUGCGCCGCCCGCACCGUCUCGAAACCAUUCGGCGUACAACCCACUACACGACUUCGUACUACCACCGGGCACCGAGCGCCACUAUUCGCAACAAUUCGCCGAUAUGUACUUUUUGCGGUUAAUGCAAUUGAAGAAGACGGUCAAACAGAGAGCUGAGGAUGCAUGGAACGACUUCGAGCUAGGCGGGCAAAAAGCAACCUUCGUUGAACGAGUGCUGGAUGUAAGGCAAGGUGAGCUUUGUUGGGUGGUAGGGACAGUAUACAUGGAGAUGGCCGAGAAGCCCAACGUGUUGAACGACAUUGAGAAAGAUCAUUGGAUAGCGGACCCCCCUCAUCGCGAAACCUACGUAUCCUCCUCCGGCGCCGACGAGAUGAUGCUGGAAGACGAGUCCGGUCGUCUCAGAGUUACAGGCGAGCCUCUUCACCAACAUUUUGUAACGGGAUGCAUAUUAGCGGCACUGGGUACGGAGGAAGCAGACGGCACAUUCAUGGUCAUUGCAACCCAAUGCGCAGAUCUACCGAGACAACCACCGCGGUGGGAGCGUGACGACGUUGCGCUGUCAAAGCAGAAGCAGAAGGCGCCAAAACGGGAAAGGGCUGGAAAGAUAGCCCUAGUCUCAGGUCUGGAAUUGACUGGCGCAGACGACGAUGAGGUCUCCCUGGAUCUACUGGUGGAAUACCUGACUGGCGAAGCUGCAGAUCCAGCUACACAGGCCGAGGCCUCGAAAAUAACACGACUCGUGAUAGCGGGUGGCUCACUCGCAAAGGGUUCUCCAAUCCUCUCAAGAGAAGACUUUGCCGCGAAGAAGAGCGCUGCAAGACACUACGGAUACGAUGCCUCAUCCUACAACGCAGCACCUACCACGCGCCUCGAUGAGUUCCUCUGCGAAAUCCUUCCCUCGCUCCCCAUCACCAUGCUCCCAGGAGCCUCGGAUCCUUCCAACGUCGCCCUACCGCAACAACCUCUACACCCCGCACUCUUUCCCAAGACACGCCUCUACGCCGAACCCCCAAUAGAGACGAACACAACCCUCAACGGCUUCGACGCAGUCACAAACCCUUGGUUAGGCGACAUCGACGGAUACCGCGUAUUAGGCACCGGAGGCCAAACAGUCCUAGACCUGCUCAAAUACGUUAAGCGCGUAAAACCGACAGAGGCUAUGGAGAUGAUGCUGCGGUGGCGCUGCGUAGCCCCUACCGCCCCGGAUACGCUAUGGUGCUACCCGUUCCAAGACGAGGAUCCUUUGAUGCUGAAAGAGUGCCCGCACAUGUACUUUGCCGGCUGCCAGAAGAAGUUUGAGAAGAGAGUCAUUGAAGGUCCUGCUGGAGAAAAGGUAUUGCUUGUUAGCGUACCCAAGUUCAGGACCUCAGGCAAGAUUGUGCUGGUCGAUAUGGAGAGCUGGGAUGUGGAAGUCGUUAGACUGGGCGUCAAGGGGGAUAAGAGUACGAAGCAAGAGAUCAAGACAAAUGGAGAGGACGCGAUGGAAGAGUAG